AUGACAGCAACCAUUUCUCACGAAUCAUUGAAUGCCACACUGACCGGCCUCCGGACCUCGGACGUGAUUCAAUUUCGAGGCAUUCCGUAUGGCCGUAUCCCGCGCCGAUUCGCUGCGCCCGAGAAACUGGAGAGAUAUCCCAGAUUUCUCGACUGCACCAACUUUGGACCUCGAUGUCCGCAAGUCGCUGUCGAUGUUGGACACUUGCUACGCAUCCCUCCGGAACAUACGUUCCCAGAUGAACCGGAGGAUGAGUUCAAAUGCACUAAUCUAGACGUCGUAUUGCCGGACAGAGGUCCUGACUUGAGAAACUCCGAUUUACCCGUCUUGGUCUGGAUACAUGGAGGCUCACAAGCCGUGACGUUUGGAAGCGCUGCAUCUGGAGUCUGCGACAUGAGUAAAAUAGUAGCUGAUUCCCCCCGAUUGGGGAAGCCCAUAAUCGUGGUAUCCGUUCAGUACCGACUCAAUGUCUUUGCUCUUGGUAAUGGACAAGGGCCUCCGAACCUAGCUCUUCGUGAUCAAGAACUAGCUUUGCAGUGGGUUCAGGAACAUAUCGCUGGCUUUGGCGGUGAUCCGAAUAUGAUUACUCUAGCGGGUGAGAGUGCGGGUGCUAUCUAUUGUCACGCCCACCUCGUUGCAAACGCACGCGUGCGGCAAGUCAUUCUAUCAUCCGGCUCACUAUUCUUAUCUCCUCCUCAGCCUCGGCAAAUGGUAGUAAGUUUUCGGGAAACGAUUUCCGCGAAGCUGAAGGAACUGGAUCAAACGCUCGAUCUGGAAACGGCAUCUGCAAGUCAGGUUGUCGAGGCAGUCAGAAGAUCUGGUCUGCAAUCAUUUUUCCUCGAAUGGGAAGAAUCCUUCAAUGCUUGGCAGACCAAGACGGGCUGUGCAGAGAGAUUACUCCUCAGCGACGUGACGAAAGAGGGAGCUAUUUACCAAGCUGGAGUAUGGGCAACGGACCCAGACGACAUAGCGAAGGCCUUUGAUGCUUCGGAGCAAUAUGGCGACGAGCUCAAGAAGCUGUAUCAUAUUUACCCCGACCGGCCUUCAUCUUGCAAAACUGGGGCAUUGGACUUUAUUAACGACUACAAGUACCUGCUACCAGUGCAGCUCCUCGAGAAAGCCUUCAAGGACGCGAACAAGUAUGCUUUCAGAUGUCUGAUAGACGAAGCAAAUCCAUGGCAGCCGUCAAGCGGAGCUCAUCACGCCGUCGACCUCGUUCUCUUGUUUGGCGGCUUUGAUCUGAGUUUCGCGCCUAGUGCUGAGCGGGUUGGUCAGGCGAUGCGCGAGUCGUGGACCAAAUUUAUCUCCGGGGACGAACCAUGGUCUGCAGCGGCGGAGAAGUAUUAUGGUUUUGGUCCCCAUGGGAGUUUGAAGACUCUUGAAGACUGGGAGGUUCAGUCACGCAGACGCCUUGGGCUAGCGGAGAAGUUGAGUGAAAUGGAGAGUUCGUUGUUGGAUAAGACAUCUCGCGGGCUCGCGGCUGGGAAAGUGAGUCUGUUGAACUGA